AUGUCGGCUCUGUCUUCUCCAGCUCUGAGCUUCUGCGACUCUCUCUCCUCGCCGGAUCUGGAUGCCUACCUGGACAGUCUUUCACCUCUAUCUCAACUACCCUCGCCCACGAUGAAAGAAGCUUGGUGGAGAGAAGAAACCCUUCACGGCAGAUAUGACUCGUCGAUGUCCGACAUCUCAUCCUCAUUCACCAUUGCUGCAGACAUUUUAUGCAACAUUACUGCAUGCGAAAGUUGCAACUCCAUCAAACCAUUACGGUCAAUGAUCGCGCAGUUUUUAAACAGUUCUCGAGUGCCCAUGGAAACCGUUGCUCUGGCUUACAAUAUCUUAUCUCAACCAACCGUUGCAGCUAUGCACUGCUGGCACAGCAACCCGGUUGCAUUCGCUUCCGGUCACAUGCAGUCAAAGAUUCAGCAAAUGCAUGGACCAGAAUCGGAUGCUUCUUGUCAACGAGCUUUGGUGAUCCUGUCGGCGCUGAGCGUUGCAGUAUCCUUUACAGAGGAUCAGCCCAGAAACCUAUUCCACUGGUCAAGAUCGGUCGCCGGAGGUAUUUUCAGCACUGAGCAGAUCAGCACGAUGAACCGUAUCGUUCUUGCCAAGCUAGAAUGGUCGAUCCAUCCUCUCGCUGCACCGGUGGCUAUUGAGGCAGCUCUCACGGCUCUAUCAGGUUCAGGAGUUAUGGCGCACAGCAAGCAGCCAUCGUUGACGCCGUUCAUCGUUGACGAGGAUGAAAGCCUCAGGUUGGUCUUUGGCCCAAAAACAACUGUUCAACAUGGGCUCGUCACACCGGAGCCAUCACCCGACUGUAUGCACGGCGAUGAUGAUUUGAUCCUCCAAUACCUCCCUUCGACUCCAGCGCAGCAGUCGAUCUAA